AUGAAUUUUUACUUUUUAGUAUCAUUGCUAAUAGGUGAAAUUUAUUGCAAUUAUAUUGUUAUCUUAAGAGAAAAUGAAUCAUUUGAACAUUUUAUGACAUAUGAUACCAGUUAUCUUAUUGACUUACAAAUUCAACAAUCUGUCAAAUCUUCAUUUCACAUAGGUACUCUUAAAGGAUUUUCAGGUAACUUUUCAAAUGAUCGACUCAAAAGAUUAUCAAAAUGUCCAAUGGUUGAAGAAAUAAUUCCUGAUAUAACAGUGGAAGCUUUUGAUGUUCAUUAUCAAAUGUUCGCUCCAAGACAUCUAGCAAGAGUAAGUAGGAGAAGAAGAAUGUUACCAAUUAGAAUUUAUCCUUUCAUAUAUGAUAGAGAUCAUAGUGGAAUGCAAGUAAAUGCAUAUGUCAUUGAUUCUGGCAUUGACAUAGGAAAUCCAGAAUUUGAAGGAAGAGCUAAAUUCGGUCAAGACUUUUCAAAUGAAGGUCAGGGAGAUUUUAAUGGACAUGGUACACACGUAGCUGGUUUAAUUGGGUCUGCUACUUAUGGUACUUCAAAAAAUGUUGACUUGAUCGAUGUAAAAGCUUUAAAUUCAAAAGGAACAGCUAGUUUAAGUAUAAUUAUUUCAGCUUUAGAAUUUGCUGUUAAUCAUAGAUUAAGAAGUGGGAAGCCAGGAGUUACAAAUUUAUCAUUUGGAGCUUUUCAAAACGAUAUAUUGAAUAGAGCGGUUGAACAAGCUUCAUCGACAGGAAUGAUAUUUGUAGUAGCUGCCGGUAAUUCGAAUAUUGAUGCAUGCUUAAUGAGUCCAGCUAGUUCCUCCACGGCUAUAACUGUUGGAGCUAUUGAUGAUUUCACAGAUACUAUAUCUUCUUUUUCAAAUUGGGGCCCUUGUGUUGAUUUGUUUGCUAGUGGUUCAAAUGUUCGAAGUGUUGAUUUCAAAAAUUUUUAUACUUCCCUGAUAUUAUCAGGAACCUCAAUGUCAAGUCCAAUAGUUGCUGGUAUAGUGGCAAAUUUCUUAAGUAAUGGGUUUGAGCCAGAUCAAAUUAAAGAUCAAUUGAUUCGAACCGCAACGAAGGAUAGAAUAUCGAGAGCCAGCUUAUAUUUUAAACCGGAAACAUCAAAUCGAAUUGCAUACCUUGAAGUGGAGAAAAAGUCAUAA